AAACACAGAGAUAACAAUCUUACCAAAUUUUCACACACCGACAUGUCAAGAUCCUUAGCUCUCGUUUACUUAUCCUUACUUUUUCUUCAAACCCAUCUCUCAAUCUCCGUCACGGUUCCGAUUCCGUCGGUGAACGGAGAAAUCGACGCAAUGCUGAACCGGAACGGCGUAAUCGGGGAAGAAGAAGGAGAGGAGAUGAUGCCGUCGGAGAUAAGCCGGAGAGUAAUGAUGAUGCGGAAACGAUAUAUAAGCUAUGAAACUUUGAGGAGAGAUAUGGUUCCUUGUCAGAAACCAGGUGCUUCUUAUUAUGCUUGUCGGUCUGGUCAGGCUAAUGCUUACAACAGAGGAUGUAGCGUCAUUACUAGGUGUGCUAGAGACACUAACGACAUCAAGACUUGAAACAUUGGGGAGGCAUUUUUCGUGUUCUUUAAGAACAUCUGAGUUUGAAAUUCAUAUUCUGUGAGGCAAGUGAAAUCUUAUUGUUCUUGUGUUUUGUAAUGUUGUUGUUGUUGUUGUUGUUGUUGUUGUUGUUGUUUACAUUAGAUUUCUUAAUUAGUGAUGUGUAAUUUUGGAAUUAUUUGGCUAUCAUUGUUCAAGUAAUUGAGAUUUAUAUUCUUGAAAUUUUUGAGUGGAGUGAUAAAGAUGGAAGAUUGUGGAAAUUGUAGGAUAAAGUUUGGGUUUUUAA